CACCCAGCACUUCCGCCAUGACUCCAUCCGCGACCGACGCGUCUGGCAAACUGAUCAUCGGUAUAGACAUCGGCACGCGCCUGUCGGCCGUAUCGUACCUUUUAACUCGCAACGGUACUCCUAGUGGCCCGAUACAACACGUGAAGCGUUGGCCGGGGAUAACCGCGACCGCUCAAAAUCAAGGCGGUACGACCGUGCCGUCGUUGAUGUACUACGGCGAGGAUAACCGCAUCAAGUACGGAUACGACGCAGAGGACGAGAAGCACGCUGCUGGGUACGACUCGCGGCGGCUUGUCCGUGAGUUCAAGAGAGCUGUCCACCGUCUCGGUACCAACAAUGUCUCGGUGGCGGCUGGCUCGGCAUUCGACCAGGCACUCCAGGAGUCCGAUGCUGGGAUCACCUUGAGAGAUGUCUAUACUGAUUGGCUCAGGUUUCUGAUGCAGCAGGCCAAACCCCAGAUUGAGCAGAGAUAUAGCCGAUCUGUAGGACGGGACUGGGUGACUGUCUGGUCCGAGAGGAUUGUGGUUCUUGUCAUUCCGAAUGGAUGGGGGAUCCCUGAACAGGCUACCUUGAGAGGGGCACUGGUGGAUGCAUCUUUUAUCAGUGUUGGUACCAAUGCUAGGUUCGUUGUGGAGUCAGAGGUUGCCCUUUAUUCCGCCAAGGGUUUGAAGCAGUUCAAGCCUAAGAAAGGUGAAGACUUCAUGGUCUGUGAUGUGGGAGCUGCUACAACAGAUCUUGCCCUCUACACUGUCCUGAGUGAGAAUCCUCUGCAAGUGCAAGAAGUGAAGGACCAUCCAUCCAUCAGUAUUGAAGCAGGUCUAGCCUUGGCUGAAGAGCAGACAGAUGAAGGGAAUUAUGUUGCAGAUGACAAUGACCUGGGAUCUUUUGCUGAUGACUCUGUCUCUCCUGAUGACCCCUCCGAGGCCAAAGAUGCAGCAUUGAACAAGGCUCUUGAUGAACAGUUCUCUAAGAUUGUUCAGGCAAUCAAGGGUAUGAUUGGGCAACGGCAGCCAAAGUAUCUUAUUCUUGGUGGUGGCCUGUCCCCUGGCCAUGCAGCUGAACUGAAAGCCAUGUUUUCACAUGGUCUGAAUUAUGAGGUCUUGCCUUGCAGUGACAGCAUGUGA